AUGGGUUGCGGUCCGUCAAAUAACGACGUUGUUAACGCACAAGUCAAUUCUAACGCAGCUUUUACACCUAUGUUACCAUCAACACAACAACAAAAACGUGCUUCAAAUGCACCAAAAACGCCCUCAGCUGUAAAAAAUGUUCUCAUUACUUGUCACACAAAUCAACAAAAUAUUGCCGAACAAUUAAAAAGAGAUUUAACUAAUCACAAAUUUACAUGUUAUAUUCUUACUGAAACAACACCGCAAUCAAUUGUUGCUCGAGCUAAUCUUAUUCGAUGGUGUGAUGUAUUUAUUGUUCUUAUUAGUCGAUCAUAUCAACAAACAUUCUUUUGUAUGGAAACUAUCAAUUAUGCAAAAGAUGUUCGUAAAUCAAUCAUCGCCAUUUUAACUGAAUCAAAUUUUCAACCUUAUGGUGCAUUAGGUGCUAUUUCAGCUACUGCUAUUCGAUCAAUGAUAUUGACAAAUAAUGCCAUAUCGGAAAAUGUUAUAACAGAAUUAUCAAAUGUUAUUUCAACUCAAACGAAUAAGAAAAAUUCGAAAAAUGUCAUUGAUCCAGAAAAAAUUGAAUACAAUAACAAUAAUGACGAUUUUAUUGAUGGUAUAAAUCAAUGUACUAUUCUAAUUUGUACAGUUGAUGAUGGUUCAACUGUUGGAAAAUUAGUUUAUGAUGAUUUUGUCACAAAAAAUCUCAAUGUUGGAUUUGAAAAUCUGUCAAAAGCAGAUCCAAAGUUUAGUGUAAGAAAAUGUACUGUAUUUGUACCAAUUCUUUCACCUCAAUUUGAACAAACAUCAAUUUGUCGAUCAACAUUUGAAGAAGUUCGUCGACUUCGAAAACCUAUUGUACCUGUCAUAGCUAUCAAAAACUGGAAAUCAGAAGAUUGGCUUGGUUUAACAAUUGCUGGAUGUACUUUUUUUCGAAUAUCUGAUAAAGAAAAUGCAUAUAAACCAUUCUAUGAUAGUAAUCGCAUGACUGAUUUACGUGUUGAAGUUGAAGUUGCUUGUCGGCCAGUUCCCAGUCAAGCUGAACGUGAACAAGCAGAGAUGAAAGUAUUAAAAGCGAAAAUUGAAGAAUGUAAAAGUAAACUACGAACAUGGCCACCUCCUCGUAGACCACGUACUAUGAAUUCAAUGGCUGAUCGACAACCAGUUCGUGUUACACUGGAAGAACCAAAUGCUAAACUUCGUUUUGCUCAUAUUCAUCAUACAAUUACACGUAUGGAUAUGAAAGCACCACCACCUAUGCUCGAUGAAUAUGGAUUACCAAAACGAAGAGGAAUCGAUUGUAUGAUUAGUUAUCAAUGGGAUAGUCAAGAACUUGUUCGCAAAGUUUAUGAAGAUAUGUCGAUGCGUGAAAUUGAUACAUGGUUUGAUAUUUGGGGUUCUAUGCAAGGAAAUACUAAUGAAGCAAUGGCUACAGGUGUUGAAUGUGCUAAAGUAUUACUUGUCUUUUUAUCUAAAGCUUAUAUUGAAUCUAGUAAUUGUCAAAUGGAAUUUCGAUAUGCUGUUAAACGUGGAAAAGCAUUUGUUAUUAUUCGAACAGAACCCAAUAUUCAAAUGGAAAAAUGGAUGCUUGAAACAAUUCAAGGAUUUCCUCAAUAUGAUGUUUUUUCAUAUAGUGCUUUGGAGACAUUGAUCAACGGAGUACCAACAAUUGAUGUAAUUAUACAAGCUGUUCGAAAAAUUGCUCAAGCACAACCACCAGAUAUUGUUGAUGAUUGUUCAAAGGAAUUGUUUGAAUUACGUUGUUUACUUGAUGAUGCACGUGAUACUAUAAGUGCCGAAACUGGACAAAGUCGCUAUAAAACAUGUACUCGCUGUAAUCAACAAUUUGAUGAAUAUACUAAGGGUGGUUGCAAAAAUCAUCGAGCAUACUACGUUGGCGGUAAUAUUAUAGAAGGUCGAUGGGUUUGUUGUAGACAACAAGAAAAAGAUUCACCAGGUUGUGAUCCAUGUGAUCAUACGGAUAUUGUUCGUGUUUUUACUCAAGAUCCUUCAUAUGGUACAUGGACAUGGCAACCAUCUUAG